CCAUUUACACGUUCCCACCCUUAAACCACGCCUGCCUGCCGCUGCCCUCCGCAUCCGCUUGUGCGCCCGUGCCGCUGCCGCGGACCGGCUCCAUUCCCGAUCUCCCUGCCUGCUCCCCCUCCGUCCUCCUGCUCGUCGUCUCCACGCUCGCGGAAGCAGAUCGGGGUGAGGAGGAGGAGCUGAGCGCCUGAGCUCCGGCGAAGGAUCGUUCCGCCUGCUGCUCAGGAAGAGCUAGCUAGCUAGCGCGGCGGUGAUGUGGAGUGUCCUCGCCGCGUAGCCAAGAUCCGUCGUCCCAGCAGCGCGGACCUUGGCGGGGACUCGAGGACGGCUGGGGAGGGCGAGCGGGUUCGAGAAUGGAGGAGAAAGCGGCUGACGCGACGGCGGCGGCGGUAGUGGCGGCUGCUGCGGCGGCGGACCAGGACGCCGCGGUGCACUGCAGCGAGCACCCCUACCCUCCCGGCGCGACGGCGGCCGCCGGGGCGGGCGCCGGCGGCAUCUGCGCCUUCUGCCUGCAGGAGAAGCUCGGCAUGCUGGUGUCCUCGUCCAAGUCCAGCCCCUUCCACCCGCCGCCGGCCUCCGCGUCGGCGUCCUCCACGCCGCCGCCGUCCAACCGCGCCUCCUCGGAGGCGCCGCUGCCGCUCUACCCUCCGGCGGCGGCCUCGCGCAAGGUGAUGCCCGCGCAGGGCGCGGGCGCCGGGCUCAAGCGGAGCAAGUCCGUCGCGCCGCGCCCGGAGGAGCCGCUGCCGCCCCCCGCCCCGUCCGUGAUCACCGCGGACAGCCCGCGCAAGAAGAGCUUCUGGUCCUUCCUCCACCUGUCCUCGUCGUCCGGGAGCCACAGGAGCGCGUCCUCGGCCGCGGCCCCCGGCAACAGCGGCGCGGUGGCGAGGAGGAACUCCGUGUCCGUGGCGUCGGCGUCGGCGGCGGCGCUCGGGGGCCGGCUGGAGGCGAUCGCGGAGCCCGAGAGCCCGGGCCGCCGGAGCGAGGGGUCCUCGUCGUCGUCGUUCGGGCGGAAGGUGGCGCGGUCGCGCUCCGUGGGGUGCGGCAGCCGCAGCUUCUCGGGGGACUUCCUGGAGCGCCUCUCCACCGGCUUCGGCGACUGCGCGCUCCGGCGCGUGGAGUCCCACCGCGAGCCCAAGCCCAAGGGCGCCGGCGCGCUGGGCCACCUGGGCGGUGCGCACGGCGACGACGAGCGAGACCAGCACCACCGCAUCAAGUGCGCGGGCUUCUUCGGCGGCGGCCUGGGCGCCGCGCCCCCUCCUUCGUCCUCCUACUGGCUCUCCGCGCCCGACGGCGGGACCGGCGGCACCGGCAGCGGCGGCGGGAGCUCGAGGGGCAACGGAAAUCGGAGCCAUCGGAGCUGGGCGUGGGCGCUGGCGAGCCCCAUGAGAGCGCUGAGGCCGACCAGCUCCUCGUCCAGCAAGAGCAUCAUGGCCGCCCCGACAGCCGCGUAGGCGACGACGCACACCGAGCCGGAGCUUCAUCGACCGGUCGACGGCCGGUGAACCAUACUACUACUACUACUACUACAUAAGUUUCUCCAUCUUUCUCGGUGUUCUUGUGUCCAUGUCUUAAGAUUUUAAGAAGAACCUGGUCCUAGGUCGAGAUGUUACUGUGGAUCUAGCUGCCUUUACAUUUGGGACCGCCGCGUCAGUCGGCCAAGAAAACUGUGGAAUUUGUCAUCUGUUUUAAUCCCUAUUCGUGUUGGCAAUUCAUCAUCUGUUCUAUACUUCUAUA